UUUUAGGCACACGAAGCCUCACAUCACCAACAGCAGGCAGCACAGAACAGUUUGUUGCCUCUCCUGAGCUCUGCUGUUGAGCCACCCGAUCAGAAGCCGAUUCUGCCCUUACCAAUAACGCAGAAACCUCAGCCUGCACCAGAAACAUUAAAGGAUGCUAUUGUUGGGAUUAAAAAGGAAAAACCUAAAACCUCCUUUGUGUGCACUUACUGCAGCAAAGCUUUCAGGGACAGCUACCAUUUGAGGCGUCACGAGUCCUGCCACACAGGGAUAAAGUUAGUGUCACGGCCAAAGAAAACUCCCACCACAAUGGUGCCCCUUAUCUCGACCAUCGCUGGUGACAACAGCCGAAGUUCAUUGGUUUCGACUAUCGCAGGCAUCCUGUCCACAGUCACUACGUCUUCCUCUGCCACCAACCCCAGCAGUAGUGCUGGCGCAACGGCUAUGGCAGUGACUCAGACGGUGAAGAAGCCCAGCAAGCCCGUUAAGAAGAACCACGCUUGUGAGAUGUGCGGAAAGGCCUUCAGGGAUGUCUACCACCUCAACCGGCACAAGCUGUCCCACUCAGAUGAAAAACCCUUUGAAUGUCCAAUUUGCAAUCAGCGCUUCAAGAGGAAGGAUCGCAUGACCUACCACGUGAGGUCUCAUGAAGGUGGCAUCACGAAACCAUACACCUGUGGUGUUUGUGGAAAAGGCUUCUCGAGGCCUGAUCAUUUAAGCUGUCACGUUAAACAUGUUCACUCAACAGAGAGACCCUUCAAAUGCCAAACGUGCACUGCUGCCUUUGCCACCAAAGACAGACUGCGGACACACAUGGUGCGCCAUGAAGGAAAGGUAUCGUGUAAUAUCUGUGGUAAACUUCUGAGUGCAGCAUAUAUCACCAGCCACUUAAAGACACACGGGCAGAGCCAAAGUAUCAACUGUAAUACCUGUAAACAAGGCAUCAAUAAAACAUGCAUGAGUGAAGAGACCAGCAAUCAGAAGCAGCAACAGCAGCAGCAGCAGCAGCAACAACAACAACAGCAGCAGCAGCAGCAACAACAACAACAACAGCAACAACAACAGCAACAGCAGCAACAGCAGCAGCAGCACGUAACAAGUUGGCCUGGAAAGCAGGUAGAGACCCUGAGAUUAUGGGAAGAGGCCGUCAAAGCGCGGAAGAAAGAAUGUCAGUUCACCUUUGAGAAGGCUAUAGAGUACGUACCAUUCGAAGCUGCUAACUUGUGCCAAACCUCCACUGCUGCUACUACGCCUGUGACUCUUACUACUCCAUUCAAUAUAACGUCCUCUGUGGCUUCUGGGACUAUCACAAACCCAGUCACAGUGGCAGCUGCAAUGAGCAUGAGAAGUCCAGUAAAUGUAUCAAGUGCAGUUAAUAUAUCCAGUCCGAUGAACCUAGGGCAUCCUGUAACUAUAACAAGUCCAUUAUCCAUGACAUCUCCAUUAACGCUCACCACACCAGUCAAUUUACCCACCCCAGUAACCGCUCCAGUGAAUAUAGCGCAUCCAGUCACUAUAACAUCUCCCAUGAACCUCCCCACACCAAUGACGUUAGCUGGUCCGUUAAAUAUAGCAAUGAGACCAGUAGAGAGCAUGCCUUUCCUGCCCCAGGCCUUGCCCACGUCUCCUCCCUGGUAAAGAAUUUCUAAACAGUAUUAAAAAGGAUUAAAAUGGAAUCCUUACCAGCAGUUCUUUUUUGGGUUUUGUUUGGUUGGGGUUUUUUUUUGUUGGGUUUUUUUGUUUUGUUUUUUUUUUGUUUUGUUUUGUUUUAGUUAAUAAUAAAUUCAGACUAAGACACUGGGGCAACAUGCACCAUCAGAGACCGUAGUAGCAUCUUCCCCUGUUGAUUUGGCUCAUAUGGUUCAAACUUGAGUUUCACUGGAGCACUUCAUUUAAAGUAAGUUUUACCUUUUAGCUGACUGAUGCUGAAUUAGAGCAGAUACUUAUUUGCCAGAGUUUAA